AUGAAGCCUUCUUUUGGAAAUAUGGAGGGGUUUUAUGAUUUGGCGAAAGGAAUUUCUGAUGGACUCCAAGAGGCUCCAGACUCUUCAAAGAAUAAAACAUUUGCAAGUGGAGAUGAAGUCAUGAAGAAAAUGUUUGAAACUCAAACUGAUACAUUCUUGUUCUGGAGUAUUGGAUUUCUAAUCGUGUUGAUUGCACUCGUGUUUGGAAUUGUAACUUGUGUUUGUCAGUGUUGUUGUUCGUGUUCUCCCAAAGAAACGUCGUUCCGUGCCGAAUGCACUGGAUAUGUAUAUGCGUUCCUUCUCGUUGCAGUAUUCUCAUUCAUUCUGACUGGAUUAAUUCUUUUCAAUGAAUCUGAAAGUGACUUAUUUGAUUCUACUGAUAAUCUAGUGGCUUACACAGGAGACAUUUCUCGAGAUUUGACAAAUGUUGUUGGAAACGGAACGUUACAAAUUGCAUGUGAAGUAACUGGAAUGACAGUUAACACAUUUGAACAUAUGAACACUUUAAUCCAAAAUUAUUCGUCGAAUGUAUUCGAUGGAACUAAAGAAAAAGUUGGAAUCAAUGAUGUGAAUAAUUUUUCUGUCACGAACUAUGAAUCUGCGAAUACAGCUACACAAAACGCUGCAACUGCAUUGAAUGGUAAACUGCAGAAGAUCAAUUCGAAAGAUCAAAAGUGUACUGAUAACGUGAAGACACUAACUGAUCAAUUUGAUUCAGUGAAUCAGGCACUGACUGGAUUGACAGCAGCUGCUCUAGCAAUCAAGAAAUCCAAACCUCUUUUGGAUAUCAAUGUUCAAAUAGACAUAAUCAAAAACAAUGUUCAAGAUCAAGCGAAUAAAGCAUCGAAAGCAAUCAACAGUACCCAGAAACAGAUCAACAAAUCUAUGAAAUCAAUUACUAAAAUGAUGAAUGAUGCUCAGAAAAAUAUAGACAAAAGCAUUACUUCCAUGGAAUCUGCUUAUCAGAAUUUUGUUGUAUCAAGUGGUUAUUCCUCUCUGAAAACCACAGUCCACCUGCUUGUAUCAAUUCCAGCUUGCAUUGUUUGCUUCUUUUGUUUUGUUGCACUGGUUGCAGUAUUGCUUUCGUUGAAAAAACAAGAUGGUGCUGCACUCAAGCUGCCAUGUUUCAUUAUCAUUUCUUUUUAUUUGACAAUUAUAAUCUGCAUCUUUUUGAUUCUGCUCUCAAGUCUUUCAUUUGUUUUGGGAUGGUUCGUGUCUGCUGUUUGUGUUCCGAUGUUCGAAGAUCCGAGUUACCAAUUAUUCCGUCCAGUUAAUAAUACAGUGUCUGCCAUUGGAAGUGGAGAUCCAGUAAAAAUUGAUUUUGGAAAUGUUCUCCAAUUGUGUCAUAAAGAAACCAUGACUCUCUACACUGCCAUCGAUGGAAAGAAAGUUAUUUCAACUGACUCAAUCACACGACAACUCAAACUUGAUUUUUAUCGAGAUAAUGCUAACAAGCAAAUCAUGAAACAGAAAAACUUGACAUUCGUAUUGGAACCUAGCUGGAAGACUUUCAUCACCACACUGGAUAAAAAUACCCAAGAUGCCAAAUCAGCCGUCUUAGAUUCUUGUGGAGAUAGUGAUGCUGUUGAUAAGUACAACUCGUACAUUCAGAAUCUUGUCAAAUCAAACACAAUGUCCACAGAAUUCUAUAGAAAUCUAGAGACGUUGAGUCGAAAUGCUCCGAAUACGACAGUGAUUGCAACAACUAUAAACAACGAUUAUUUCAAUGAAGCAGAUUUAUCCAUUAGUCAAUCAAUUUCUGCGCUUAUGACAAAUUUGGAGCAACAUGUGUUCAAGUGUCGUCCCCUUGUCGAUAUUUACAACAACGGUGGAUUCGUAAUGUGUGAAAAGUUUGGGAAACCAAUUCAUGGAUUGUGGGCUUCGAUCGGUUUGGCUGGAGUUUUCUCCUUCUUCCUCACAAUUUUACUGCUGCUGACUUAUCGUUGGUUGAAAAAACACAAGCAGCAAUUGGACUAG